UGGCCCUAGUUUGGGAUAAAGGACUUGUUGUUCCGUUUAAUGAGGAAUUUAACUAAACAAUUAGGCUGAAAUGGGUGUUAAUCGACAUCAGUAAUAAUUUGUCACGAGCUUAUAAUAAUAUUCAUUGCUUGUGCGGCAGCUGGUCUUGAAUAUCAUUGAUGACGACGCUCAAACUGGAGCAAGGUGUUUUUUUCAAAGCUUAUUUACUUCUUGUUAUCGCCAUUUAGUGGAAGGCAGAAUUGAAACAGUGUUUUUUAUCAAAGGAUAUUAUCCAAGUGAACUAAGAAGAAAAAGAAGAUCCCAUGUUGUUACUUAACCGUAAUCAGCGCAUAUCGUUCGUACAACGUUUGGUUAAAAGGAUUUUUUUGGGCUGAGGGGCCACAACAUUGAAUAAUCAAGGCAGCACGCGACUCUAAGAGGAUGCGCAAUACAGGCUUUGAUAUCUUUGUUAUCACUUUUCACGUUGUUUUAACCUUGACAACUUGGUUUGGAAACUGUUUAGUCUGUGCAGUGAUAUGGAGGACUAGAGCUCUGAGAACUGUUCCAAAUAUGAUAAUUUUCAGUUUAGCCUUCGCCGAUUUGCUCAUGACAGUUGUAUUUGUGUACCGAGUUGUUAAUCUCAUAAGCAGCGAGGAGAUUCACUCAACGUGCCAUGUUAUUUCAGAACUUGCCUUCUGUACAAUCUGUGUGAUAAUUCUACAUUUGACAGCCAUCAGCAUCGACAGAUUUAUCGCCAUAAGGUUUCCACUCCGCUACAAACCUAUUGUAACAGGGAAACGAACGAAAAUUGCACUUGUUUGCAUAUGGAUACUCCCUACGAUAGGAACUGUUGUGUCUCCCCAUUCGCUUCCCGACGCAGAAUACGAAGACUUCGUUGAUUACUACGACUCAUUUCACUUGUGCUUUUCAUAUCAUGCGCACCAAUUCCAAAACACAUCGAAAGUCUUUGCUGCAAUUAUAAUCUCCAUAUACAUCGUUUUGCCUUGGCUUGUCACAGUUAGCAGUUACAUGUAUAUCCUGAAAGUGUCACGUGAUCAGCAAUUGAAACUUAAACAUGAUGCUCACUUGGAGGGUGAAAGGGUGAGAAAGCUCGAAAUCAGAGUAGCAAUAACUUACGGUAUUAUCAUCGGCGCGUUCAUGGCUUGUUUUUUACCCCUCUUGAUAGGAACUCUGUACCAACAGUUUAUUGACAAUGAUGAGCGAGAGGAGAUGGUUCAUGUCAUGAAGAUUUUAUUACUAAUUGCAUCCGUCAGUGCCUGCAUUAAUCCUAUGGUUUAUACUUGGAGAAAUCAAGAAUUCAGAAAGGCCUUCAAGAAAAUAUUUAAAAGAAGAAAUGAAGAGACUGGCAACGAACUGACAACCUUUUCGAGAUACUGAUAAACUAUGCAGUCAAAAGGGGGUUUUGUUUACGGAACAUAGCCGAAUUAUCAUCAGUUAACGAUCCUAAAUUGGCUGUUCCAGGAGUUCAGAUAUGAAACAAGCGCACAGGGAACAAGCCACGCCUAGCGCAGAACGUAAAAAUGGAUGAACUUUCCCUUUAUUUUCUGCUUUGUGCUAUUAUCGCGUCUCGUUUACUGAUUGGACGCCUUGAAAAAGAGACUCUGAGUCUUCAAAGGCACAACGGUUCCCCGGGAUUGUUUUGUACCUCAGUAGGUUUGACUCUUGGCCAGUGGGCAGAAUGAAGUGGUCUUUCUGAUCAUGAUAUCAGCCGGGAAAGAACGACGAAGCGUAGACUGAAAAAAAUGUUGAGGCUGGCUUCUUUAUUAGUUACCCCCUUCUAUUAAAGAAGUAUGUUUCAUACCUCUCUAGAGAAUCGCAUCACAAAAAAAUCUCGAUCAACCAAUAGUUAUGAGUCGCUUGAAUUUCCCUCGACACCUUUCACUUUAAUUUGAAGGCUGAAAAGCACGUUACUUAUUAACAUAAAGACAAAGACUUUCGUUAACAGCUUACCACUGAAGAAAGUACAGUCUAAUCUAUUCGUGUAACGCGGCACGCCGAGCAAAACUCUGCAGUUUUAUCAAUCAUGGUGUAAACUUUCAAUAAUUUCCAACAUAUAUGAGGUAAGUUCAGCGAUUUGUGGCUGAUGAAGUAUGACGUGUAACCAUAGCCUGCAG